AUGACUGAAAAAGUGGACCAUCUUCUUAAAUUUUUAAUUAUCGGGGAUACGGCUGUGGGUAAAACAUCGAUCUUAUUGCGUUACACUGAUGGGACAUAUACUGAUGAAUUUAUCACGACUGUCGGAGUUGAUUUUAAGGUUAAAAAAAUGGAGCAAAAUGGAAAGAAGCUUAAAAUACAAAUUGUUUGUCUAGCUGGACAAGAAAAGUUUCACACGAUCACACAGUCAUAUUACCGAGGGUCACAUGGAGUGAUUGUGGUCUACGACUGCACUGAUGUGAGGACAUUCGACAACUGCAAGGGGUGGCUUGAGGAGACUGCAAAAGAGACGGCGAACUCUGCUGUCAGGCUGUUAGUUGGAAACAAGUGCGACAUGCCAAAACAAGUCCCAACAGAGAAAGGUGCGUCGUUUGCAAAGGCACAAGGAGUAUAUUUUAUGGAGAUCUCUGCGAAGAGUGGGAUGUAUGUGAACGAAGCUUUUCAACUUGUGAUCGAUGAAGUGUUAAAAAAGAUGUGUGGCGACGUCAAGACUGGUGGGGCACAACAAGUCGAGAUCGGACGAAAGGAGCAAGACAAAAAAAAGAAAGCAUGUUACCUUAUUUAA